GUGCUGUCCUUCCCUAGUGCUAGUGAUGGGAAACGUCAAUCUGUGUGCUUUGUGGCCAGACGUCAUGCAUGUCUCAGGCGUUUUUUUUUAAAGAUGUUACCACAAAACACAUCAGACUAUUUCAGUUUUGGGUGUCUAGAUUUUAGUGGUGUAUAUUUUUUUCAGUGAUUUGUCACAAAAGUCACUUUGCCAAGAUCGUGAUGUAACUGGAUCCAAGUAUUUCUGGAUGAUUAAAAUAGACCCGAAAUUUUGGGGAAUGAUACACAAAUUCUUGUAAAUUUUCAUAAUGGAUUACAUUGCAGAAGCUGUAGCUCUAGGGAUAGAUUCUAUAAUUUUAGCAACAUGCAUAAGGCAGUAUUACAAAAACAAAAAUGCAAUGGCAAUGAUACAGGGUGCUCCAUACCUUACAAUUGACAAGGAACUAAAAGAAAUUGUGGAAACACAUCCUGAGGGUAGGCUAUCUUAUGUGUCUGUUAGAGGGACAAUAAAGCCAAUAGGAAACCCCAUUGUCAGCAUCAACAACCCAACUAUAACUGGUGUAGUGCAGCUUUUAAGAAUUAAAGAACAUGUUAUCCAAAGAAGUUCAACGGGAUUCUGGGCAGACUCGGAAAGGGUUAUUCAAGAAGUGCACAAUAUAACACCAUUUGCCUUGGAAAAUAAAGGGAUGGUGAUUGAGGUCUGUGACCCUUUGGCAGCAGAUGUUUUAGAUAUGGAUGUUAUAUCAGACAAAUUUCAACCAACCGUACCCAGUGUAAUAGAUCAUAUAUGGAGUUUCUUUGCUGGUGUUAGACAAAGAGGCAUCCAGUCCACUGAAAAAAUGCUACGCAGAGGAGCUGUUAUUACUGGAAUUGGAGAACUUGUGGCCGGCAAAGAUGGCACCUUGAAACUUCAACCACCAUCAAAUGGUGCUCCAUUUUACCUCACCAAUAUGCAAGUUAACUCACUAAUUAAGAAACUUGAUGGUUCAAAAAGAAAUUAUGGACUACUCUGUGUAUUAUUUGGGACAGUAGGGAUUUUUGUGACAGCAAUGAUUAUAAGGAAAUAUUUGAAAAUUAAGACGGAAUUGGAGGAACAAAUCAAAAGGAAAAAACAGCUAGAGGAAUCCAGAAGAGAAAGGAGGCGAAUAAUGAGAGAUGAAGAUGUACCAGAAAAUCAGCUAUGUGUUGUUUGCAAAACUAAUCCUAAAGAGAUAAUCCUUCUUCCAUGUGGGCACGUGUGUCUUUGUGAAGAUUGUUCCAUAGAUAUAUCUGGAAACUGUCCAGUAUGUCGAGCGAUAAUAGAAAAGAAAUCAGUAGCAUAUGUAUUGUAAAUAUUUUAAUUUCCUUCAAUUCGUGAAACAUUUUGAAUUAUUCUACUGUUAACUUUUCUAAAGAUAUUUCAUCUAUUUGUACAGAUAGUACAUUUUGUGAUCCAAGACAUAAACAUUUUUUAUCCUUUAAAUCUUUAAUAUUAUUUACAUUAGAAUUCCCCCUGGCAGAACAGCAUAGAGAAUCGUUUUGCUGGAUGUCAUCCAAAGCUUUUUUUACUUUGCUUGAUUUACCUAUGCCUAGCUUAGGUAAUCCCUUAUUCAAUCCCUCUAGUAAAACACAGGCCUUACAAGUUUCUUGAGAUGAAAUAUAUCCACACCUUGUACAAUUCAUUAGUGUUGG